AGUUCGUUCGAUGCUCGGUUAGCCGGCGUUCGAGACUCGCCAGUCGUUCGAUACGCGUUGUUCUUGCUCGUGGUUACAUCGUCUUUUAUUCUUGUGUUUUCAAAACGAUCAUUCUUUUAGCUUGUGACGUCGUAAGUUCUUCAGUGGCGUAUCGGGAUGUCGUGUGACCUUGGGUGAUCUGUGAGAGGGAAGUUUUAACGUUCGUUGGAUAGUACAGAGUCAAAAAAAUAAUAGGCAGAGUGCAGCUAGUGAAACGGAUAACGUGUAGCAACCGGUAACGAGCGUCAGUGAAAAUUCUUGACAGUGCAAAUCAACAAGUGUGUCCUGGGAGCGGUUGUGAGGUGCCAUUGUGAAUAUGUUAGAGAGCGUGAUUCUAACCUAAGUUUCUUUCGGGUGACGAGCUAUUAUUUUAAAGCUAUAUCUAUGCUGACAGUGGCAGAGUUUCUGUGUCUCUUAAUAAAAUCGUAUGCCGGUCGUCUGUAAUCGGAACCAAUGUGAAUUAUUUCAUCGGGUAUCCUUGGAUAUUACGUCGACGUUCCGCUGCUGCGUCUCGACGUUCCAAGAUGGAAGUCGUCUAUAUAGACGAACGGGAAGAUGUGCAGAAGAAAACUUUCGCCAAAUGGAUAAACUCCCAGCUACUCAAGAAUCAUCACGAACCAAUCGCAGAUCUCUUUGUCGAUCUGAGAGAUGGAAACCGUCUUCUCUCGCUACUGGAAGUCCUCACUUCUAAAGCAUACAAAAGGGAACGCGGUCGGAUGCGAGUUCAUCAUUUGAAUAACGUUAACAAGGCAUUGCAAAUUCUCGAACAGAACAACGUGAAACUCGUCAAUAUCAGCAGCAACGAUAUCGUCGACGGCAAUCCGAAAUUAACGUUGGGUCUGGUCUGGAGCAUUAUUCUUCAUUGGCAGGUUCAUUACCAUCUGAAGGACCUGAUGACGGAAUUGCAACAGACAAAUUUGGAAAAAACCCUUCUAGCCUGGUGUCGUCAAAAUUCUCAGAAUUAUCCCGGUGUUGAUAUUAAGAACUUCACCACGUCGUGGUCUGAUGGGUUAGCCUUCAACGCUCUUCUUCACAGAUGGAAACCGCACCUGUUUGACUUCAACAACGUCGCUCGUAAACAUCCUAACGCUAGGCUCGAUCAUGCUUUCCGUCUUGCCCAGGAACAUCUUAAUAUCGAGAGACUUCUCGAUCCAGAGGAUGUUAAUACGUCGGUGCCAGAUAAGAAGUCAAUAAUGAUGUACGUCAUGUGCCUCUUUCAAUCCUUGCCGCAUUCUGGAGAUGACGUUGGUGAUAUAGCUCUUUCCGUAGCUAGUGAUUCCAGUCCUGUAACGACGCCUGGAGUAGAGAGCUCUUUGUCGUUCGCAAAUUUCGGUAUGCCGAGCUCGCGACCUAUGAGUCUUGCCACUAAUGUCUCAGUGGAGCUUGGUGGUUACCAAGUUGCCCUGGAGGACGUACUAACAUGGCUUUUGGAAGCGGAGGAUAAAUUAAACCACGCUCCGGAACCUGGCGCUACUUUGGAUACAUUGAAGCAACAAUUUCACGAGCACGAAACCUUUUUAAUGGAACUGUCACGGCAUCAGGAUGGAGUUGGCGCUGUCUUAGAGGAAGGGGCGCGACUACUUGCCGAGGGGGGUUUGCAAAAGGAUGAAGAGCACGAAGUUCGUGUUCAGAUGUCCUUGCUUAAUUCUCGGUGGGAAGGACUUAGGAUGCGUGCCAUGGAGAGACAGUCUCGAAUACACGAGGUUCUGAUGGAGAUGCAACAGAGCCAGCUGGACUCGCUUAGGCAGUGGCUAACGAAAACUGAGGAUAGAAUUUCGCAUAUGGCAGCUGUUGAGCUUAAUCAAUCAGGAUUGGAUGAUCAGAUGAAUCAAUUGAAUGAACUGGAGAAAGAUAUAGAGCAGCAGCAACACAUUGUGGAUGGUUUGCGGAACAUGGUUGUUGUGGUCGACGAAGAGAACUCCGAAGCUGUUUAUGCCCAGAUGGAAGAUCAGCUGUCCGCCUUGGGCGAACGUUGGACGCAUAUUUGCCAGUGGAAGGAGGAGAGGGGUCAACGCCUCCAAUCGUUAGCCUCACUGUGGAAGGAUUUAAUGGAAGAUUAUAAGAAAUUGGUAACCUGGCUCAACGAGACGGAAAUUACUUUAAAGCAAAUGGAAGCGAACCCCGCUUCCGAGAUUGGCGAAGUUCUUGAGCGAAUAAAGAAGCUGCAGAAGCUUAAGAUAGAAAUGGACUUUAAUCAUCAGAAGUUAACGACACUGCAGAGAUCUAUCCAGGAAUUGGAGGAUAAGGGCACUUCCUCAGAGUAUGCAAGCAUAUUAGAGAAAAUUGAGAAUCUGCAAGAUCAAUGGGAUGCUGUUGGUCAGAUUAUGGAAGUACAGAGUCAGAGGAUAUCGAGUUCUGGAUUCGAAUUUGAUUUGAAACCUCUUACUGAAACGAGAGUCACCGGCAACGAAUGGAUGUCUGAGACCGUCACCAGGAUCGCCUACAAGGAAGAAAUUGCAGCUGCGACCUCUCCGCAUAGCGACUCCAAGAAACGUCGCAUUGCCAGUACGACAAGACAGGAAUUCGAUACGGCAUUAGUUAAUUUAUAUAAGUGGCUAGACUAUAUUGAUUUAGAGAUUGGUCGAUCCGAAGGUGUUUUCGAUGAACUGAGCGUGGAGGAGAAAAAAGUUGUUUAUGAGGAUAGUUUGGCCGACGUGGAAUCGCACAAAGCUGAAUACGAAAAAGUUCUUCAACUAGGAAAGCAAUUGAUUGAUGAAAUUAAGCAGGAAAACGAAUCGGCCGAAGAAGAGGAGCAGAAAGUUCGCGAUCUUAUGCAUUGCUGGAAUGCCAGAAAUAACCGACUUCAAGAGAUUAAAGAACGAAUAGAUUUCUUAAUGAACCUUAAAAAAUUCCACACGGAUCUAGCAAGUUUGCGUUUAAUGCUAGAUGGUUACUUGAAAUGGUUCGAUGGAAAUCAAAAGAAUACCCAAAUAGAGAUAUUCAGAGUAAAGAUGAAGUCAAUGAAUUCCCACGAAGAUCGCAUGAGGAAAUUAAUAAGUAAAGGACAGGAAUUAAUGGAAAAUCCAGCUGCUGGAGAAGACAGUGGUGCCGUUGAUGCUGAUAUAAAGAAACUCAUUUCUAGCUGGGAUGAGUUGUUGAAAAAGCUCUCGGAUAGACUCACGGAAUUAAACAAUGCUAUUGACAAAACACCACCUAAAAAGUACAUUGAUACAAUGGCCGCUCUUGUGUCAUUCAUAAAUAACGUAGAAGGCGUUCUGCUCUCCGAGCAUGCAAUUAUGUCUGAUGAGAAGACAAUGGAGGAACAGCUCAGGAAGUUUAAGCAACUUCAAAAUUCUUUAAAGGAACAUCAGGAUAACUUCAGUUACGUUAACAGUACAGGUCAGGAACUAAUUGCAAAGAUGAAUACUGACCCUCAAGCGCAGAGACUCAGAGAGGAAUUGCAAGAUCUAAAUACGAAAUGGAGCGACAUUCCAAUAAUUCUUGAAGAGAGGCAACAAAAAUUAAUAAAAGAUAUUGAUUCUCUGAAAGAGUUCAAUGACGAACUCAAAAGCUUGGAAAACUGGUUAGAAGAAUCUACAAGAUAUCUUGAGGAAGUAUCUGAAGAUGCUCUCGUUAACGACGUGAAGACAACGGAAUUUAAGCUCGAGCAAAUUCGCAAACUUUCCAAUGAAAUAAACAAGACCAAGCCACGGAUUGAGAGUUUGCAAACAUCCACGAAUAGACUGCUCGAGAACUCCGAGCCAAAGUUCGCGAAUAUUUUGAACGAUAAACUCGAGGCUAUAUCCCAUAAAUGGCACGGAGUUGUUGAUGGUACGAAAAUUCAAGGUGAUAAAUACGAAAACGCUCUCAGGAAGAACGACGAGAUCAUUAAUGGAAUUGAUGACUUCACAAAGUGGCUGGCAGGUUUGGAAAAGGAAAUACCAGCUGAGUCUAAGAUAACUUCUUCCGUGGAACUGUUUCAAGUUCGUGGUCGUUAUCAGAUACUUAAAGACAAGGUCGAUAAACGCGUGGAGGAGUUUCGAAAUCUCAAUGAGAUGGGGAAUGAUAAAUUGUUAAGCUCCGAGGGAUCUUCCGUACAAGAACUUGGACGACGAUUUACCUAUUUGAAUGCAAGAUGGACGGAUGUCACGGAUCGUAUUUAUGAGCGAUACAGGCAGCUUCAGAACGCGAGUCACGAAUAUGGAGAAUUUCGAGCUUUAGUUGCCCAGGAAAGUGAUUGGCUGGAUAAGCUUGAUAAAAGAUUGAAAAAGUCAACGAAGAGUGCAGCCGAUGCUGAAGAAAUUUCAGAGGAACUGGACGAUCUAGAAAAUUACGUGCGAAAUCAUCUAGAAUCUCGAUUCUCAAAAAUCCAAGAAAUUGGUAAACAACUCGUGGAAAACGACAUAAUGACACAAUCCAUUCAAACAGACGUAGAGGCUUUAACAAGUCGGUGGGAAAAUUUAAAUAAAAAGGCCGGGGAACGGGCGAAGCUGUUGGAAGGAUCAGUGAAGCAAGCUCAACAAUCCGAAGGGCGCAUACUAGCUCUUCAACAUUCCUUAACGCAAGUAGACUCCGUACUAACUGCACGUCUUGACUGCGACCUCACUGCUGACGAUUUGCCACAUGACUACCAGAAAUUAAUGGAGGAGAUGGAAAACCAGCAGAGUACUCUUCAAGAAAUGGCAGCUCAGGUCGAAGCUUACAAGGCUGCUGGGAAGAAUGAAGCUGCUGUUAGAUUGCAGGAACAAACGUCAUUGAUUGAACAAAAGUUUAAUGAGGUUCAAAGGAAGUUCCAGCGUUUCCGCUGUCCUACCAAUCUUGAGCCCAGACUGUCCAGGGCCCUUAGAGAACUUAGAGGUAUUGAGGAAGCUACGUGUUUGUUGGAACUGUCGUCUGAGGAUCCCGAGGCUAUUGAAGGCCAACUCAAACAUUGUUUGCGAUUUUAUCAGACGCUGAGUGAAAUUAAAAGUGAAAUUGAGAGCAUCAUCGUAACUGGCAGAAUGUUGGUUGAAGAUAGGAACGUUCCCGAGCCAGAAAAGUUUUCGAAACGCAUCGACACACUCAAGGAAUUGUAUAAUAAACUCGGACUGCAAAUAACAGAAUCGAAAUCUACUUUGGAAUCUGCAUUGGAGUUAUCUCGUGACAUUUAUAAACACAUGACGUAUAUUAACAUGUCUGUGGACAGUAUAAAUAAGGAAUUGGAUACACAGAAGAAUAUGCCUGAUUUACCAGUGAACGCGAUAUACGUAACAGAAACUCUAAUGGAAGUCAUUCCGCGUUUGAACGUUGUAAGAGAUAAAUUAUUCCGUUCUCAAGAUGAGUUUUCAAAACUAUGUGAUCCAAUGUAUCUGGAGCAGCUGAAGGAAAGGAUAUCCGAUGUAAUGACUCGAUUAGCAAAUACCGAAAGAAGAUUGCGACUCUGCAGUGGGUCAGAGGAUGAGCCUAAUGUCGAUGAAAUAAAUGCGUGGUUGAUGCAAACCGAAGAGAAAUUAAAUAAGCUGGAUGCUGUUCCGAUGGACCAAUUGAAUGAGCAACAUUUUGAAGAAUGCAAGGCUAUACAGAGUGAAAUGAAAGAGACAAAACCAAAAGUCACCCAGCUCCAACGUUUCUCAUUUUAUCCAAAAGUUGCGGAGGUUUGCGACAAGUGGGAGGAUAUUUCCAACAGAAUACAAGAAUGGAUACACAAGAUCACUGAUAGUUUAUUGAUUAAGAGUAAGGCAGGUGAUACGAAGGGGAGAGACACUCUGGGGCAGAACAGAUUGCCUAAAGAGAUAAAUCAUGACACGCAGUUCCUUCGUAAGAAAGAAAUGAAACUAGUAGACGAGGAUGAAGAGAUGUAUGGAAUAGGCUAUCUAAAUCCUGCCUUCGAUGAUAAUCAGGCCACUGCUCCCGUAACCCCUGAAAGUUCACCAAUAGAUAUCCCACUUCGAAGUCGCAAGUCUUCUGCAAAGACAGAGAAAGCCAAAGCCAGGCUGAUUGACGCUAGCAGAACAGUCAGAAGAAGAUUAGACAUGAGUUCGAUACCUGACGUGGUGCAGACGUCUCAGCCACAGGCAUUCACUUCGGAUGAAGAAUCCUCUUCCUCGCCGCCAUCCGACAGAGAUCCUCGUCCCGCAGACGACGACGAAGAAUUCUUCCUAGCCAAGAAUAGCAAACUGUUCUCUCAGGUCUCUACGAACACAUUAACUGCGACGGACGCGAAGCCUAUCAAACUGGUCCGGGCGCAGCCCAAUUCAUUUCACGUUGUUGAAGUGAAGGAAAUGGAGAUCGUCAAGUCGGUGGCAUCGCCUGAAGAUCACGUGGUCCUGCCGAGUGCCAAUGUCAGUGUAGAGCAAAUGCCUCAGGUUGUCGAGAGAGUUGAGAUCAUAGAGGAUACGGAAACCGAACCGGAGUCUCUUGAUACGGAUUCCGAGGAACGCGAGAACAGAGUCAAGAUGUUGGGAUUGUCUGGUCACUGCAGUCCCGUAGUGAAGAAGAAGGAACUGAUUCCUAUAUUAAAAAAGAAGAGAGCAUCAGACCAGGCUGCUGUGAAGAACACCAAGAAGCUGACUCUGAAGUUGGAUAUUGGAGAUGGAAACGCCGAUCUGUCGAAAUUCUUGGAUGAGGCUCUGAAAGCACCGCCUAGGGUUUUGGUAUCUGGAUUCAAAGCUUCACGUAUGGUCACCGCGACGCCACCCUCGACGCCAUCCCAGGAAUCAGCCUCGGUUAGUUUGCAAAUUAUAGAUAGAGUUGACAAGACUGAGAGAACUGCUGUAACAACUUGGAAGGACACUGAGAGCGUUGCUGAAUAUUUGAUACUGGAUGACAAUCAGCCGCACCCCAGUCAACAGGAUGCCGUUAGUGAGAAAUCUGAGGUUGGCUCAUAUACUGGUACCAGGAGGAAACAGCCGGAGAAAUCUGUCGAAGCGAAGGAAGUGACCUUCUCUGGGGAUAUUCAGUUUUCUGAAACUUACGAAAUCGCUUGUAAUAUGCGCUCGAACGAGAGUAGACAGUAUCGAAAAUCACCGUUGCCAAAGAGAAUGAGGAGUUUGUCAUCUGACGAUACUUUUGAAGAUUGUGACAGUUUUUAUGGAAGUGACAAGGAGACUGAUGACCCUGUCAUUUUUUCGGACGAUACCGAGAUCGAUGUUGGUAGCUCCAGCUCGGAGGGCGAGGACGCUAGCUUAGGAGAACAUGUUGAACACCUCUUGGACAAGAUAAAAACAGAAAGACCUAUGAAAUUCGCAACGCGAAAAACCGAAGCUAAUCAAGCACUUAGCGAUGCGGGAUCAUCUCGAGCGCAGGGUAGUCCAUCCAGAGCGGGACUAGAAAGAGAGAUCAUUGACUUUGAGCAAGCCGCUCAAUUGAUGCUGCGCAGAAUGGACGUGAUGCUGAUGACUCUAAAUGGAGUGGGAAAUGAGAAAAAUCCUGUCAGACGUCUCGAGAUUCUCAAAGACGAAGUAAGCUGUUUAAAACCCGAUGCCGCCAGCUUGAUAAGCAAAGGCGAUGGUUUAGUUAUGACUGUUCAUAUGACCGAUCCCGUGCGUGCUGAGAAGAUCAAGAACGAACAUCAUGAUAAACUGAGGAGCAAAUUGCAUCAAGUGAUGUCGGAAGCUGAGGCACGACGGCAGCAGGCACAAAAAUCUGACGAGAUGCUGAGGCAGUAUAACAAGCUGGUCACAGAAUUUGAAACCUGGUUCGUCGACGUUCCGUUAAAAUUGGAGCAGGCCAAUAAUUACGAAGGUCAAUUGGAAUUAUUUACUGAGGAGUUCGAUGCGAAACAAGAGCAAAUACGUAAAUUGAACGAAUUAGGGAGCGAGUUGAAGAAGCUAAAUAUUGGGCACUCUGAUCUUGUACGUUAUAGUAUCAACAGUAGAUGGCAAGAGAUAAGCUCGCAGUUCAAGAGAUUUAGUGGCAGUAAGGACAAAGAGAAGCACGUCACUGAUAAAAAGAUGGAAUUGGAUAUUGGUGGAAUGACGACCCAGGAUUUCGUCACAAGAGUAAAUAAGUUGAGAGAAGCAAUAUCAACAAUAUCACGAUCGUUAAAUUCGACUCCAUUAAACGGGAAGGAUUACGAACUGUUUCCAAGUCAAGAGGAGUGCUUAAAGAAGAUAAGCAAUGCUUUGAACAUACUAAAGCCAAGCGUCGAGGAGAUAGGCUACGUUUGUGAAACUCUUGUACGACAAUCUCGAAGAGACCAAGCCGAUCACAUGCGUCGCAUGGUGGAGAAAUUAAAAGACGAAUGGUUAAAUGUAAAUCACAAGAAUACAGAGCGAUAUAAUCGCUGGACAAAGUGUCAUGAGAAUUGGAAGGAACUUCACAAUGCAUGCUGGUCGUUCUCCGAGUGGCUAGAAAAGACGGAAGAGGCAUUUAAGAAAAUAAACAGUGCGGGACCCUCGAAGGGAUCUAAGACAAAAGUUUCAGAAUUAGAACAAGAGGUAUCUAGAAUGCAACGUAUCAUAAAUGCCAUCACAGCUCAAAACGCUGAGAUCCUGAAUCGAUCGUCACCCGAGGACGUUGCAGAUUUACAAAAAAUUGUAGAAAAUCUAAGGCGUCGCUGGCAGCACUUGAUAAACGAGUUAAACGCGCGGAAGGAACGGAAUCUCGCCAUGGAGAAGAAAGUUAAUAACGACGACAGAGUAUUGGAUGCUGCGUACAACAUCAUCGAUCAAGUUAAUUCUUUACGGGCUUCCACAGCUAAUCCGUCAGAUGACACUUCACUCUCAAUAAGACUGUCAAUGAUUAAGGCAAAAGAAGAAGAGUUGAUCUCGCGUAGAAGAAGCAUGGAGGCGCUACGCAAUCAACAUAAUAUUUCACGUAGCGAGGAAGACUACAAUAAGAUUUUCAUCGACAUGGAGAAGGCCGGCACAAAUCUUUCAUCUCAUCGUGAGUACGUCGAAAAUAAGCUCGCGUCCCUGAAGAAAUACGUACACAGUUUGGACACUGUGAUGACGUGGGUCAUGGAAACUCGCACGAGGCUUAAUAUUUCUCGUGAAUUACCACAGCAGGAACGAACUAAAGUCAUCGAUAAUAUCAUGGUCGCUGUAAUGGAUCGUGAGAUGGAAGUGAAGGAUGUUCUUGAAAAUUAUACCAACAUAGAGAAAGAGUGCGAAUCAGCAAAGCAGCCAAUAUCCGUUGAGCUCCAGGAAAAGUUAAAGAAGUUACGCGAAGACUGGCAGUUUGUGAAGAAUCGUGGUGAACCACCGGAAAUUGAGGCAUCGUCAGCUGGAGCGUCCGCGUCGAAAGUGCAGAGAGAAGUGGAAAGGAGCGCAGGGGCGGCUACGUCGGUGGGUGCAGCUGCGGGGAGCCCUCGAGGCUCAGCACCCUCUCCUGCACCCUCGACGACAUCCUCAACCCCCGUCGUAACUAGCCCUUCGGCUUCGUUCUCUUCAGCGUCUUCUUCACCUUCACCCACUUCAGCGCCUUCGACUCUUGUCGCGGGCCUUGAUAAAUCUGUGCUUCAGAUACGCGAUUGGCUCACCGUCGAAGAAGAGAUGCUGCGACAACAGGCCGUCGUCGUCGGCGACAUCGACGAGAUCCUUCAGCUUCUCGAUAAGCAGAAGAAUGUGCUGCGCGAGUUGGAGCAGAAGAAACCACAAUUGGAUGAGCUGGUUCACACCGCAGAAAAUCUUCGCGCCGAUACCAACCGACAGCAGCUACACGGCAAGGUGUCAUCCCUCUUCGACGACACGUGUUCACGGAACUUUUUAUAUAUACGGAUCUGUUUGAAAGUCACCAAGCUGAGGGAACACUGGGACGAGGCAAACUCAAAGGUGAUGCAAAGAAAAACUCAAUUGGACGCCAUGCUCGGCGAUAGUCAACGAUACGAAGCUAAAAGAAACGAGGUGGAAGUCUGGUUGGCACGAAUGGAAACUCGACUCGAGAGGAUGCGUGCUGUCGGCCACACAGCUGACGUCCUGGAGGCUCAGCUACGGGAGCAAAAGUCCUUCCACGCCGAGUUACAUCAGUACAAGCAUCAGAUAGAACUAUUCAAUCAACUCACGCAGAAGCUCAUAGCUGUUUACCAGCAGGACGAUACUACGAGAGUCAAGAAAAUGACUGAAACAAUCAAUCAGAGAUACAACAAUCUAAACACAAGUAUCAUCAAUCGAGGGAAACUACUGCACUCGGCAAUGAACUCCCUCCAUAACUUCGACCGGUCUCUGGACAAGUUCCUGGCUUGGUUGAGCGAAGCUGAGUCUUCAAUGGAGGGAUUGGAAGCGGAAGCCGAUCGACUAGGUGGACGACGGGACCAAGGUGCACUCAGACGGCCACAACAUCAGCUUAAGGUACGUAAUAUGACUCUCCUAUCUAAUACGAUCUUCCUGGACGAUCACGAUCUACAAUCAGAAAUCGAGACUCAUCGUGACGUAUACGCAUCACUGAAUGGUACGGGACGUAAAUUAUUGAGCUCCUUGGCCAGUCAGGAUGACGCCGUUAUGCUGCAGCGUCGUCUGGAUGAGAUGAACCAGAGAUGGCAUCAUCUCAAGGCGAAAAGCAUGGCUAUCAGAAAUCGACUGGAAAGCAACACGGAACACUGGAACGCUCUUUUGCUGUCACUACGAGAACUCAUAGAAUGGGUUAUCAGAAAGGAUACGGAAUUAACAGGAUUAGGACCCGUUUGCGGGGACAUAGCGGCUCUGCAGAAACAGCAGGACGAUCAUCGCGGCUUCAGAAGACAGCUAGAAGACAAACGACCAGUCGUUGAAAAUAAUUUACUAAGUGGUCGUCAAUACAUUGCCAACGAACCACCUCUUUCGGACACUUCCGACUCAGAAGCCGGCAGAGAACUCGACGGCGACUCGAGGGGUUAUAGAAGCGCCGAGGAACAGGCACGAGAAUUGACCCGCAGCAUCCGCAGAGAAGUGAACAAACUGUCCGAGCAAUGGAACGCGCUGAUCGAACGUAGCGAUGCGUGGAAGCGAAAACUCGACGACACUACAAACAAAAUGUGUGUCUUCCAAAAGUCCCUAGAGGACUUAUCGUCCCGAAUGGCAGCAGCUGAGUCUUUUCAAAGUGGCUGGCAGAAUCCUGGCGACACUUCCGAAGCCACGGAAAUGCUGGAGCAGCUGCAGAAAUUUGGUGAACGACUUGGACCCAUUCAGAGGAACAUCGAGGACGCUAAUGAUCAAGCGAGCGUCUUUGCCUCCAGCAACGUCAUCGUCUCGCAUGCUCUACUCGCCAAACUUGAAGAUCUCAACACCAGGUGGAAGGUGCUCCAAGUAGCAGUCGACGAACGUUACAAGUUGUUGAGCGGAUUCGGAAAAGAUGGCAGCACUCCGGGUAGUCAGGCUUUCCUCGCAGGCAGCGUAGAACCGCCAUGGGAGAGAGCACUCACACCCGCCAAAGUGCCUUACUACAUCAACCAUCAGUUGGAAACAACGCAUUGGGAUCAUCCAAAGAUGAUUGAAUUGAUGUCCUCGCUGGCCGAUCUCAACGAAGUACGUUUCUCUGCGUACAGAACUGCUAUGAAGCUGCGUACUGUGCAGAAGAGAUUAUGCUUGGAUCUGUUAAGCCUCUCUUCUGCGCUGGAGCAGUUCGACUCGCAUGGCUUAAGAGCCCAGAAUGACAAACUCAUCGACAUACCGGAUAUGAUAACGGUACUCACGUCUUUGUACGAAGUUAUCGCUGCGGAUAAUCCAACACAAGUGUCCGUACCGCUCUGCAUAGAUUUAGCCAUUAAUUGGCUCCUCAAUGUAUAUGAUAGGUACGCUAGUCAACGAACCGGCCAGAUCAGGGUGCUGUCAUUCAAAGUUGGUCUUGUUCUUCUAUGCAAGGGUCAUCUGGAGGAGAAGUACCGAUAUUUGUUCAGAUUGAUUGCGGAUCCUAACAGAAUGGUGGAUCAACGUAAGUUGGGUCUCUUGUUGCAUGAUUGUAUUCAGGUACCAAGACAAUUGGGUGAAGUCGCAGCAUUCGGUGGUUCUAAUAUUGAACCAAGUGUCAGAAGCUGUUUUGAGAAAGCAGGAAAGGAUAAGAAUGAAAUCGAAGCUGUACACUUUUUAAGUUGGUUGCAACAAGAGCCACAGAGUAUGGUGUGGCUGCCUGUGCUUCAUAGAUUGUCUGCAGCUGAAAGUGCCAAACACCAGGCCAAAUGUAACAUCUGUAAAGAAUAUCCCAUCAUUGGCUUCAGAUAUCGCUGUCUUAAAUGCUUCAACUUUGACAUGUGUCAAAAUUGUUUCUUCUCUGGACGUAAAGCAAAGAAUCAUAAGUUAACGCACCCUAUGCAAGAAUACUGCACAGCGACCACGUCAGGCGAGGAUGUCCGAGACUUCACCAGAGCAUUACGUAAUAAAUUCAAGUCUAAACGAUACUUCAAGAAGCAUCCAAGGGUCGGCUAUCUACCAGUGCAAACCGUUUUGGAGGGUGAUGCUCUUGAGAGUCCAGCACCAUCUCCACAGCACAGCUCACUCAGUCAGGAUAUGCAUUCUCGCUUAGAGAUGUACGCAUCGCGAUUAGCAGAAGUCGAAUUAUCACGUACAAGAAGUAAUUCGACGCCGGACAGCGAUGACGAGCACCAGUUAAUAGCGCACUACUGUCAGAGCCUGAACGGCGGCGAUAACGUCAAUGUACCGAGAAGUCCGGUACAAGUGAUGGCUGCGAUAGACGCAGAGCAGAGAGAAGAGCUCGAGGCGAUGAUCCGUGAACUCGAGGAAGAGAAUGCGACGCUCCAGGCCGAGUACGAGAGAUUGCGAUCAAAACAGACGCCAGGAUCUACACCAGAGGAUGGUCAUGGUACAAGGCAACCUGAUUGCGAUAUGAUAGCUGAAGCCAAACUUCUCAGACAGCAUAAAGGCAGACUGGAAGCACGUAUGCAAAUACUAGAGGAUCACAACCGUCAGUUGGAAGCGCAACUGCAAAGGCUUCGACAACUGUUGGAUGAGCCGAAUGCGUGCUCUCCAUCGAAGACGGGAACGCUUCAGACACGAAGUGUCACAGCGUCUCAGUUGGCGACGGAUUCACCAGCUAAAAUGAAUGGCCAUUAUCACGAUUCGCCAGGUGGUGGCGGUGGCUCGGGUGAUGGCAGAGUAAGCAGCUUGGAGAGGCCUCCUCCUCCGCCUCAUUCACACAGUGUAGCUCACAAUGUGGGCAACCUCUUGCAUAUGGCAGGAGACUUGGGUAAAGCCGUCGGUGAACUAGUGACGGUUAUGACUGAAGAUGCAUCGAAAACAAAUGGACAAAGAGCACCUCCGCCAGCUUUUAAGUAACAGAAUACAAAAAGAAAGAAACAUAAUAUCUUUGUGCGCCCGCGUCGUGGCCGCGGAUUAUCAUGCUUUACGAUUGGAAUCAUAUACUUAAUUAAUACGAAUAUAAACUUAAUCGUAAUCCAAGACCAAGAACAAGUCUGGCACUAACGCAUAUCAGAGACAGAAACAUGGCACGCGAGCCAUGCGAAUGCAGGGUCAGGGGAGCUACCAUGGUGGCUUUGGGUAUUUUAUAAGUUUUGAUAUACGCCGUUUGUAUAGCCGAAUUACAUUAAUAAGGCACGUACGGCUUGGCUUUGGUAGCGCUUCCCUGAGAGUAACUUUAUUACAUAUUUGACUCGUCAUAUCAUGGAUUUAUCGUAUGUAAAAGAAUGAAAGAAAAAGGAAACAAUUGUUAUGCUUGCUAGCUAAACUAUAAAGAAAAUAUAACGACUAUAAAUAUAUGUAAAAGAAAUAAUAUUAACAAUGCAUGCAAAGCAAUGUAUCAAAUCGCAUACUCUAUAAAAACGUAGAACGUAUUUACAAUACACAUUCUGUUCACUGCCACUGGCUCUUCCUCGAGACUACCGACACGCAAAUGUCCAUAUUAUUGAGAUUUUAGACGAUAUAACGUAAUUGCAAAAAUAAAACAGACUCCAUAUCCAACGAAACCUUCUGUAUUACGUGGGUUCGUCAAAACCCAAAUCGAGGAACAAGAACAUAAAUCUUUUGUAUUCAAUAAUAAAGGCAGAGCAACGUACAUACCUUU